AUGCCAUUUAUUUCUAGUAAGGUAACAGCCUUAUCCAGAUGUAAUUUCGACCUGUCUUUCUGCAAUUGGGUUAAGGAUUCUUCAACUGAAAAUGAGUGGCAAUUAAGAGGACCUUUUCCUUCUCUUGAGCAAGGACCUACUCGGGAUCACACAUCUGGAUUCACAAAUGGCAGAUUUCUGUUCUUGGCUAGUAGAAUGAAAGCAAUACCUGCACGUUUACUAGGCCCAAUUCUUCAACCAGCUGAAAAUUGCAAAAUUCGUUUUUAUUAUGACAUACGGGGAAACGGGAAUUUCUCUCUUCAAAUUAAAACAAGAAAUGCACAAAAUGGUCAAGAGAAAACUGUGUGGAGUGUAAAUGAGCAAACAGAAGGUUAUUUUUUUGUCGAAAAUGUAUCCCCAUUCACAGAAACACAGAAUUAUCAGGUCAUUAUUGAAGGUUUCAUCACCAAUGGACAAGGAAUGGCUAAUUAUAUAGCUUUAGAUGAUAUUUCAUUUAACUAUAAGUGCACUCCUCACUUAAAUCCACUUCCCACAGUUCCUCCAAUAAUUACCACACAGAAACCAACGUUUUGUAGCUUUGGAGAAUAUACUUGUGACAAUAAAGAAUGUAUUUCCAUGUUGCUAAAAUGUGAUUUCAAGCAAGAUUGUUCUGACGGAUCAGAUGAGCACUAUUGUGGAGCAUGUGAUUUUCAUGAAGACAUGUGUGGUUUGAUUAACAAAGAACUCUGGAGUAGAUACAAAUGGCAACGAGCCCGAGCUGAAGAUUUUAUUGCUGAGUCACAAAACUCAACAGCCCCCGAAACCGAUAGUAUUGGCAAUAAAGAGGGAUACUUUGUUGUUUUGACAGGAAAGCAAUACAGUUCCUUCAAUAGUCCAGCAAUCAUGCAGAGUCCGCCGCUGAAAACAAUAUCUCACGCAUGUAAAUUGGAAUUCUUUUAUCAUUUCAAUAUAGGAAAUGGGUCUUUGGAGGUUUAUGUCAGCCCAGUUACUUGGGGAGUAGCAAAAUCCUUAAGAUUUUCUUUAAAAAACAGCACUGGAAAGAAUUGGCAGUUUGCAUCUAUACCAAUUGGAAAUUAUCCGAGUGGAUAUUUUAUUGAAUACCAUGGGAACUCGAUGCAUCAUACGCUUCUUGGACAAGUGCAAGAUAUUGCUAUAGACAAUAUUAAAUACAUUGACUGCGAUCCAAACGCUGUCUCUUCUAGAACUUUGAAUUGCACAUUUGAUCACGAUGACUGUGGUUGGCAUCCAGAUAAUGACGUCACUUCAGCUGUUUGGUCCAAAGCAAAAAAAUCACCAAAUGAUCACGGGCCCUUAUCUGAUCAUACAGGAAAAAGCGGUUACUUUGUGUACGUAACAGCUUCUACUAAUUUAAAAAGAGGAGAUAAGGCUCACAUGGUCAGCAUGAAACAAAAUCUAACGGAAAACCUCUGCUUCAGUUUCUGGUACCAUAUGUAUGGCCAAGACGUUGGAACCCUUAAUAUAAUUAUCAGGACUGAUUCUGAUAAUAAAACAAUUUGGAGUAAGACUAAUUCGCAAGGCAAUGCGUGGAAGCAAGGAAUGAGAACCAUUCGUAGCAGCAAGACUUAUUCGAUUGUUAUUGAAGCAAUAGUUGGAAACUUUUCAAAGCCUAUCAUUGCCCUGGAUGACAUUGAAACUUACGAAAAUGAAUGUCCUCAUCCAGUGGCUUGUGACUUCGAAGCAGAUUUUUGUGAAUGGAUAGCAGAUGGAUGGAUUUUGAAAACUGGGAAAGGAAACAUUCCAUCUGUAGACCACACUACAGGAACAGAUACUGGAAAUUAUGCCGCUCUGGAUGGCACCAGUGGUACAAUGACAAGUCCAAACUACAAUUUCACCAAACAUUCUGGUACAUGCCUGAACUUCUGGUACUUUCUUGAAGGCGGAAGAGAAACAUUUCUGAUAGUACAAAAUACUGAAAAAACAACCAAAGAUGAUGUUAUUUCCGUUUGGACGGAAUAUGCGGAACCCAACACAGAUGGCGAAUGGAUACAUAGUCGAGCAACUAUUAAAGAUCUGGACAAAGGAGACUAUGAUAUUAUUAUGUAUGCAGAGAAAACGAAAGGCACUUACGUUGCUGUGGAUGAUUUGGCUGUCGAAGACGAAACCUGCCCUGCUUACGGAAGUUGCAAUUUUGAAAAGGACUUUUGCACUUGGAGAAACUUACCACAACCCAUCAGUACCGGUCUUCAAUGGAUUAGAAAUUCUGGCAGCACUCCAAAUAAGGGUACUGGUCCAUCGUUUGACCACACGACAGGAACUGCUGAAGGGUGGUAUAUUUAUAUUGAUGGAAAUUUUGGAUAUGUUGGACAAACAGCAGUACUGGAAAGCGAAAAUAUGCAUUUCUCUCCGAAUGCCUGCUUCAGAUUUUGGUAUCACAUGUACGGAGAAGGAACUGGUUCUUUGCAAUUAGCAUACGUGAAUCAAAAUAAUAGUAGAGCACAGUAUGAGUUGACAAUAUCAGGAAGCCAAGGAAGAAACUGGUAUCCGGUGAAGAGAUUGGUGAAAAAUUUACCCGAUGUAUACAGG